AAGAAAAGGAAGUGACGUCGACAGAAGCCGCAGCGACUGAUUUUACCUAUGAAUAAACGAGGUUAUUCCUUCAUGCGGCAAAAUGUCUAUGUCCACUUUUCAGAAGGUUACACUUUUCUCAUGCGUCGUCCUCUGUGUCUCCCUUCUCCUACCUAAAAUUCUUUUAUCUAGAGGAAAAAAGGAUGUAGGGCAACAAGAUGCUGGACCUGGACGUUUUCCUCCCAUGAUGCAACAGCAACAGAUGUCAGAUAGCCAGGCCCAGUGGGGCGUAAGGCCACCCAACAGCAAAGCUUACAAUCCUGAUGGCCUUACCAAGGGCAAAGGUGUGGGGACAGUGGGCAGGGGUGGGGGGAAAUCCAACCUCAUGGGGCGAAUCAUUCCAAUAUAUGGGUUCGGAAUCCUCCUGUACAUCCUCUACAUCCUCUUCAAGAUAACAUCUAAGGGUAAAAAUGUCAAAACAGAAACAAGAUUUCCUGCCCAGAAAUCAGAGAAUACGAAAAGAAAAAUAACUGACUAUGAGCUGGCCCAGCUACAGGAGAAGCUGAAGGAGACAGAGGAGGUGAUGGAGAAGAUAGUGUCAAACGCGGGUGACAGUCCCGACAGGAUCAGGAGUGUCACGGCAGAACAUGAGGAGAGGCUGCUGCACCAGUUGAAGGAGAUCACCAGGGUGAUGCAGGAGGGCAAGCUGGUGGAAGGCAUCUCCCUGGGGAGCCAGCUCGAGGACUGGGAAGAUGAACCUGAAGAGGUUUACCCUCCAUACUCUGAGGCUUCCUGCAGAACGAGGUACGGCAACAUCAGAAUGGGGGAGCGAACUGCUGAGGAACUUGCUGAGGGGGUGGGCAAAGUGAUGGAGGAGGCGGAGCUGGAGGGCGAGCUCCGCCUACCCAGGCUUUUCACUCAGGACUCACUGGACGAAUGGGAGGAGGUGGAAGGGGUGGAAGCGAGGGGCCACUGGCCACACAGCAUGAAUCAGGUAGGUCAGAGGGGGGGUGCAGAAGACUGCAGCAAGGAGGGGGUGGAGCCAGUGGUGAAGGCAGAGAGGAUGAGCUUCUGCAGUGCAGGCUGCGAUGGUGACUACACGCAGGACGAGGUGGAGAGCUUCCUACACGCAUCCGACUCUGAAGACACAGAUGGCUUCAGCAAAUCAGAGAUCACUGCGGAACUGGGAGUUGGCGUGCUCCGGAAGCGAGGCAAACGGGAGCCCGAGUGACAGGCAGAAACAGUGGCACUGCCAGGCAUCUUCCGGGAUAUCCCAUCCUGCUCUGGCACGAUCCUGAUUUUUCUCUCCACGUACUUAAGCAUGCUUGCCUCCGGCCACAGAUUGCAGGCCGUUCCCUUCACACGUGUAUGUUUCUGUCCACUGAGAGUCAGAGUAAUGCUCUUGAUAAUCCAAAGACGCAGAGGACUCAUCAAAGCUCUCGUUUUUAAGAUUUUCCUGAAUACAGUUUUUCCAUUGAGGGAACCAUUCUGCUGCGUCUACACUAUAACAAAAUCCAAAGAGUUUUAAGGGACAGCAAAGAACUAGACAUUUUAGAUAGAUAUAUUCAAAUGCAAACUUUCACUUUAGCAUGAAGUGUAUGUAUUUUGGUUCAGUGAUGGACUGGCAUCCCAUCCAGGGUGUUCCUCUGCCUUGUGCCCUAUGCUGCCUUCGACAGGCUUCACAGCCCCCCCAGCCCUGAUGGCGGGGGAAGAUCAGUGAUUGGAUGGAUUGACCUAAUACAGUUUUACAUGUCAAAGUAAACUACUUUGUUCUAACAAACUUCUGGUAACUCAGAAUAAAUUUUAUUUCUGUA